AUGGCCGGUUCAUAUGACGCUGCCACUUACUUGCUCGACAAGGAAAACAUCCGCGACACUGUGAUCCGCAUGAUGUUCGCCUUUGACGACGCCGCCACUGAAACAUUGAUCAAUGAUGUUUAUGCGCCUGUCAUCGAGCUCAGCUACGACAAGCUGUUGCUCGGUGAUGAGUUUCAUCAGAAGAAGAUCUCCAGUGAGGAGUGGGCUAAAAGUCUGGAGCAUAUGCAUGACAAGUUUGAUACGACGGAGCAUAUUAUUCAGAACGUUUUGAUUGAGCUACCGCAGCCGGGGGGUGGGGUGCAGAGGCCAAAAAAUGUCAAGGCGAGGGCUAUCGCUCAUGGGAUCUUCUACAAGAGGGAUGGGGGGGAGGGGAGGCCGUGUGUUAUGGCUUUGAGGAAUGGGGUGAGUCAGUUUCUGGCUCGUACAAGCUGGAGCUGGUCAGGAUUGAGGAGAAGGAGGAGAAGGGGGAGAAUCCGUGGCGGAUUAGUGGGUUGGAUGUCACGCUUGACUGGCAGGAUAGGCCUAGUUCUUGAGGGCCAAAUCAAUCGUUGUCUCUUUAGCCAGCCUCGGCAUCUUCUACCUGUGUCUAAAGUACUUUCCGUGGAAAGAAAAUGUUUGGCUGGAUGA